UUUAGUAAAUUGUAAAUAAUUGUAAAUUAAGCACCAGGUAACGAAACGGCAGCACGAAAGGAUGCUUUACUUGGAAGAUUAUGUUGAAAUGAUCGAGCACCUACCACAAGAAUUAAGAGACAGGUUUACAGAAAUGAGAGAAAUGGACUUAGGUGUACAGAAUUCAAUGGACAGUUUAGAAAAAAAAGUUAAAAUCUUCUUCGCAAACGCGAAGAAAAUGAAACCUAGCGAAAAGGAAGUAGAAUACGAAACCAUUAGAAGAGAGUAUUACAAAACCCUGGAGGAUGCGGAUGAGAAGGUGCACUUAGCUAAUCAGAUGUACGACUUAGUAGAUAGAUAUUUAAGGAGAUUAGACCAGGAAUUGCACAAAUUUAAAAUGGAGCUAGAAGCGGAUAAUAAAGGUAUCACGGAAAUACUAGAGAAGAGAUCAUUGGAAUUAGAUCAACCACCUACAAAUAGCAGCCAAAAAGAAAAUCGGUAUAGCUUUACAACGUCCAGUAGGUCGAGAGACAAUCACAGUCAUUCACGAGCGGAAAAGAGAAGAGAUUCGAACGCAUCCUCCACGUCAACAGAAAAACGAUUAGCUUUAGAAAAAAUUUCUCCAAGUCUUCCUGAAUCGCGACCAGCUUCUGCAAAUUCAGGACCAAUUAUCGCUGCUACGAGCGUGCCAUCUACUCCUACGGCAAUCGCGAAUUCCGUCGGCUCCGUAAGUUAUAAUCUCGGUCAUAUCGGAGCCGGCGGGAAUGCCAUAGCAGCUGCAGCAUCACAGGCGAUCGCCGCGACGCAGCAGAUGCAACAGGGCAGACGUACUGCCAGCUUAAAAGCUAGUUACGAAGCCAUCAACACUGGGGGUGUACACGCGGCCGAAUUUAGUAGAGAAUUGGCUGGCGCUGCACAAACCGCUAUCGCAGCUAUUCAAGAAACAACUAAAAAGCAUAAAAAAAAAGUAACAACCGCCGUUCCGAGUUCGAGCGUAGUCGCCGCUACUGUUCAACAACCUGUAUCACCUCCAGUUAUAACUACGAACACACAAGUCGUAGAUUCGGAUAAUCCGGAUUGGACUUACGAUCCGAACGAACCAAGAUAUUGCAUAUGCAACCAAGUAUCGUACGGAGAUAUGGUUGCUUGUGACAAUUCAGAUUGCCCUUUCGAAUGGUUUCAUUAUCCAUGUGUGGGUAUCACUGCACCGCCGAAAGGCAAGUGGUACUGUCCCCAAUGUACAUCUUCUAUGAAGAGGCGCGGAGGUCGGAAAAACUGAUUGUACUGUAAUCAGUGGAAAUAUAAUGAAAAAAAAUUGAUACUACCUCUUAGGCACUAUCCGUCAAGUACCAACUUAGUUAGGAAGCUAUUAAUUCUGAUUUUAUAUAACUUUUUAAAUAUGUUUAAAAUUUAAGUCGUGAUCUUAAUCUGGUCUUUGCUCUUGUUCAACGAAACUUGAAUUUCUAAAACAGAAGAGAGCAGUUUUUUUUACUGCGUUUCGUAGGCGUUAACGAACGGAUCAAAUGGUGCAAAAAGUGGGCUUCGAACAAAAUUUAGUUUCACCCGAGAACGUUACGAGAGUAUCUUUUGAUACUUUUUGCACCAUUCUUCACCGCGGAAACAGUUAGAUAGUUUAUACGAAUUUACAUUUGAAAGAUGAUCUUUCCCCUCUGGUGAUACGUAAUACGAUUCAUCGACUGACACAUACGCCAGAGAUCGAUUUUCGCUACGAAUUUUUCGAAAUUUACGUUUUUUAGUUCAGAUGAUAUGAGACGAACGUCGAGCAAUCUUCGUAUAUUUAUGUCUUCGUGUUAGUUCAGACGCGCUUAGUAUCUCGCUGGAUUGGCCAUUAUGCGAGCAAUAACGAGUUUUAAGUGUUCUACGCUUUCAGAAGAAACUUGAAGCAAAUGAGAAAAAAGUACGACAAGGAGGGAAAGGAUAACAAACUCUGAGAAUACUACUUUCGAAACGAAGGAAUGUAACAACUUGAUGUAUAAAUAAAGCGAACGAUGCAGAUUUGUCA